AUGGCCGGAGUCAAGGUUGCCGAAUUGAGAACCAAGUCUAAGGAGCAGUUGGAGCAGCAGUUGCUCGAGUUGAAGCAGGAGUUAGCUUCGUUGAAGGUGCAGAAGUUGACCAAGCCAGCUGUGCCCCAGAUUGGCGUUGUUAGAAAGGACAUUGCCAGAGUGUUGACCGUGAUCAACGCUCUUCAAAGAGAGAACGUCAGAGCUUUCUACGCCGGCAAGAAGCAAAUUCCAAAGGACUUGAGAGAGAAGAAGACCAGAGCUUUGAGAAGAGCCUUGUCCAAGCAGGACGCUUCCAGAUUGACUCUCAGAGAGAGAAAGAGAAGAGCCGCUUUCCCAAAGAGAGUUUACGCCAUCAAGGCCUAA